GAAAGUACAAGAAGAAAGCCUUGGUACAUGAGGAGAAACAGCAGAAGGCAGAGAGUGACUGUGUGAGCGUCUUCGUCUUCUCUCAAUCUCCAACCCCAAAAUUCCCAGAAAAGUUGCGUUCUUUGCGUCCAAUUGGCGGCAUCCGUUCACGUUCUCCGGCCAGUUCGCGAAGCCGAGAAGAGAUGCAAGGCGGCGCUAGGGUGCUUUCUCAGUUUUUGUGUGAUUUGCGGAAUCAAUGGCGUGCGUGUACGUACCGGUGCAGAACUCGGAGGAGGAGGUGCGGGUGGUUCUGGAUCAGCUCCCUAAGGAAGCUAAUGAUAUCAUCGACAUCCUCAAGGCGGAGCAAGCCUCUCUCGAUCUCUGGCUCAUUAUCGCGAGAAAGUAUUUCGAACACGGAAAGCUCGAGCAGUUCCGCCAGAUUUUGUAUUAUUACCUGUCUUACAGGUCAGCUUUUACUGGCUUAAGUCUUUUGAUUAUGGGUGCAAAACUUUUGUUGGGUGUCCACCAUGUGAUGUACUUGGCUAUCCAGGAAUCCAUGAUCGAUUAUGGUGCUCUGGCUAGCAAAAUAUUUAAGAGGAAAAUUGGCAAAGAUUCAUUGGAGCUCUACAAGAGGGCCAUGCAAGUACAUCCUGAUUGUCCUGCGGCUGCAAGGCUUGGCAUAGGUCUCUGUUGUUACAAAAUGGGUCAAUUUGAUAAAGCUCGGCAGUCUAACAUUCAGGCUAUAUUAUACUUAAUAGCUGCUGGAAUAAGGAAAGGAAUGGAGAAAAUGCAGACAGCUUUUGAGAUAUACCCUUAUUGUGCAAUGGCCUCGAAUUAUUUGGCAAACCAUUUUUUCUACACUGGUCAGCACUUUGUGAUUGAGCAACUAACUGAAACUGCAUUGGCUGUGACCAACCAUGGACCGACAAAGUCACAUUCCUACUACAAUUUGGCACGAUCUUACCAUAGCAAGGGUGACUAUGAGAAGGCUGGAGUUUACUACAUGGCAUCCGUCAAGGAGAUCAGUAAACCCCAUGAGUUCGUAUUUCCUUAUUAUGGUUUGGGACAAGUACAACUGAAGAUGGGAUAUCUUAGAAGUUCACUGUCGAACUUUGAAAAGGUUUUGGAGGUUUACCCUGAUAAUAGUGACACAUUGAAGGUCCUUGGGCACAUAUAUGUUCAGCUUGGGCAGACUGAGAAGGCCUUGGAAUUUAUGAGGAAGGCCACAAAAGUUGACCCAGAUGAUUCCCAGGCCCUUCUUGAUCUGGGGGAGCUGUUGAUUUCAUUUGAUGCUGGAGCUGCUCUGGAUUGCCUAAAAACUAUGAAUGAGCAGGAUGAUGAAGAGAAUGUUCAAGAUCCUCUUGCAGCGGUUGGGCUGGAAGAUUCUGACGCUGACAAGGAGGCUGCACAAUCCACAGAUCGACGAAGGCGGGCAUUUUCAGAAUCUGGUGAUGAUGAGCAACAACCGGAGUCCAGUCCUGUCAGAGAAAAUUCUGCAGAGUUACAGAGUGAUGGAGAAGGAAGAGAAGGUGGCGGUGAUAAGCAGAAUGGGGACGCCGAUCUUGACGAUGAGGAUUAAGAUCCCUUCAUUAUGUUGAGCUCUACAAGAUCAGCGGUAAAUAUGUCUUACAAUUUUGAACAAAUAAUAAUCUUUAAAUUAAGGCAUGAACUUUCUUAGUUAGACA